AUGCCCCGUCCGGGCCGCAACACGUACAGCGACCAGAAGCCGCCCUACUCCUACAUCUCGCUGACGGCCAUGGCCAUCCAGAGCUCGGCGGAGAAGAUGCUGCCGCUGAGCGAGAUCUACAAGUUCAUCAUGGAGCGCUUCCCCUACUACCGGGAGAACACGCAGCGCUGGCAGAACUCGCUGCGCCACAACCUCUCCUUCAACGACUGCUUCAUCAAGAUCCCGCGCAGGCCCGACCAGCCGGGCAAGGGCAGCUUCUGGGCGCUGCACCCCAGCUGCGGGGACAUGUUCGAGAACGGCAGCUUCCUGCGCCGCCGCAAGCGCUUCAAGGUGCUCAAGGCCGACCCGCUGGCGCCCUCCAAGCCGCCCCCCGAGGCCGCCCACUACCUGCAGGCCCAGGCCAAGCUGCGCCUGGGCGCCCUGGCCGCCGCCGCCGCCGCCUCCGCCGCCGCCGCGCCGCUCGGCCCCUACGGGCUGCCCGUCCCGCCGCCCUCGGGCUUCAAGCACCCCUUCGCCAUCGAGAACAUCAUCGCCCGCGAGUACAAGAUGCCCGGGCCGGGCGGCGGGCACGUCGGGCACGGGGGGCACGGCGGGGGCGGCGCGGCGCUGCCUUUCUCCGCCAUGCCGCCCGGACCGGCCGCCUACCCGCUGCCCAACCAGCUGCCCCCCGCCUGGCCCCACGUCUACGGCUCGGCCGGCAUGCUGGACCCGGCCGCCCCCAUCGCCGUNAUGCCGCUGAAGCCGCUGUGCCACGGCGGACAGACGCUGCCGGCCAUCCCGGUGCCCAUCAAGGCCACGCCGGCCGCCGCCGUCCCGGCCCUGCCCGCGCUGCUGCCCGGCUCGCCGCCCUCGCUCAGCCCGCCCUCCACGCAGACGGCACCCAGCCAGGGCAGCCCCGCCACCCCCAGCGAGACGCUCACCGGGCCGCCCUCCGUCCUGCACGCCGUGGUGGCGGUGCACUGA